AUGGCCCAACCAUUCACUAUCGCAGAGCAGCUCCAUACCAAGGAGACCCCCAUCGGCGGCAUCUCGGUCGCGCUCGACCUGGACCAGGCCAAUCUGUCCAACUGGGUCAUGAUUGACCGCCUCGAUGACGUUGGCGGAACAUGGUAUGCGAACCGCUACCCGGGAUGCCGAUGCGACGUGCCUGCCGUCGCCUACUCCCAUUCGCGCUUCACCAACGCUCAGUGGACCGAGACGCAUCCGCUGCACACCGAGAUCCAGCGGUACUGGGUCAACAUCUGCAAGACGCAGGGUCUGAACAACCGCAUUCGGCUUGAGACCGACUACGUCAAGGCUGAGUGGGACGAGGACAAGGAUGUGUACCACGUCACGCUGCGCGACAACAAGACCGGCAAGGAGUACACCGAGGACUAUCGGGUUAUCGUUGGUGCGACGGGCGUCUUCUCCGAGCCGCAGCGCAUCGAGGUCCCCGGCGAGAAGCAGUUCAAGGGGCGCGUUGUGCACGCGGCCCGCUGGCCGAAGGACCUGACGAACGAGGCCAUGCACGGCAAGACGGUUGCUGUCAUCGGCAACGGAGCGUCUGGCGUGCAAAUCGUGGGCACUCUGGGCCGAGACGACAAGAUCAACCUCGUCUCGAUCGCCAAGAGCAAGCAGUGGCUCAUGCCUUCCUCCUCGGGCCCCAUCACGCAGGACACGAACAGCUCCCCCGUGUCGGACAAGCUGCGCGACAUCCGUCAGCGGCAUCCGUGGUUGCAGCGGCUGCACCGCUGGGCCAUCCUCACCUACAUCGACCGUCGCUUCUACGUCCAGUGGGAGAAGGAGGGCGCGGCCGAGCGUAAGCGGAUGGAGAAGAAGAUUGGUGAAUGGAUGAUCUCCCGCGCGCCCGAGCACCUGAAGGAGCACAUCGUGCCCGAGUUCCCGUUCCAGGCCAAGCGCUACAUCUUCGAGGACGGCUACUUCAAGGCGAUCAACAGCCCGCACGUCCGCGCCGUCUUUGCGCGCUUCCAGGAACUCACGCCCAAGGGCGUCCGGACCGACACGGGCGAGGAAAUCCCGGCCGACAUUGUCAUUCUCGCCACGGGAUACAACGCGGAGCACAUCGACAUGGAAGUCACCGCGCCCAAGGAGAGCACGAACAACUACAAGACCCGCGCCGACCUGACGUGGUACCACGGCACGGCUCUCCCGGGCCUGCCCAACUACUGGACGACGCUCGGCGGCAACUGGGUCGUGAACCACAGCUCGGUGACCGAGAUCCUGGAGGUGCAGGCGUCGUAUAUCACGCAGAUCGUGCAGGCCAUGCGCGACAAUGGCAUCACGCGCCUCGAGGUCAAGGCCGAUGCGGCCAAGGCGUACGACGACCGCAUCGCCGCGCGCCUGCAGCGCACGACGUGGCCGCGCAUCAAGUCGUCCUACUGGCAGAAGGGCGGGCACGGGCGCAUCUUCACGCACUACCCCGGAACCGUCCUGGAUCAGUGGUGGGACAACGCCUGGCCCGUGUGGAAGGACUACAUUGGCGCCGAGAAGCUGGCCCGUCGCCAGCAGAUCCGCAAGACGGUCGCGCUCCUCGCACUCAUUGUUGCGGCGUCGUUUGGCGCGUACAAGUUUGGCCCCGCUGUCGUUGCCAAGAGCCACGAGAUCGUCAACAGGCUCUACGACGCUGUCGUCAACGCUCCCAGCAUCCUCAGCAACGCCCGUCACAGCAUCGUCUCGCUCAUCAACAGGUCGUAG